AUGUUACUUAGUUGUAUUAAAGGAAGCUAUAGGUUCUAUGCCAUGGUGUACCUUAUACAAAUAUUGAUGCGAGGAAAGAAACUAACGAAGGAAGAAAUGUUGGAACAAUUUAAACUCUACCUAAAAUCUGGUAUAUUUGGUUUGACUGUUGGAAGUUCAUUUGUGACAUUGAAUUGUAUAUUUAGGAAGCUCUUCUUUAGUGAAUUUCAUUACUAUGCAACAGUGCUUUUACCAUGCACAAUAAGUGGACUUGCGGUAUAUUUUGAACCACCAUACAGAAGAGUUCUAGUAGCUAAUUUAUUUACUAACUUGGUAUUUGAAUAUUGGAUACGGACCUUAGAAAUGAAAGGGUGGCUCCGACGGAGUGCUGGGCGCGAGACCCUUAUAUUUAUGUUGGGUAGUUCUCUCUUCUUCUAUCUCAUGCGGCUAGAUAGGGAGAACCCAAAAAGGACACCAUUAUUUUGGUUCUUCACACCACCUAGAGUAUCAAAGGAAGUUGGAGAGCCAAUAGAAGGUAUAAAGGGUAGAAGCGAAGCCUGCCCACAUAAAGGACCAUGUCUAAAUUACAUUUUGAGAGGUGUAGCUCAGCUUUUUGGAGUUGGAUGUGCCAUGUCGAUGCUACGGACGAUCAUACCAAGACUUCUCACGCCAGUAAAGGCUUUAAAAUCGUUGAAAUUCUCACACUUCAAGUUGGGUCUUUUCUUUGGAGGCUAUAUUGGAAUUUAUCGGCUAAUUAUAUGUCUCCUGUGUCGUGCGACGGGACGCGAUAGUGCUACAUACGCAAUUCCCGCGGGAUUGUUUGCUGGAGCCGCCUUUAGGGUUUCGCCCUCACUUCCCAUAGCCCUGGCUCCCGUGACAUCUUCUCUGCAGAUCCUAAGCUCCUGGGCAUACCAGAAAGGUAUGAUACCAGAGCAAUGGCCGUUAGUGGAGCUACUGUACUGUGUGUGCCAGGGUAUCCUGUUUCAUGCACGGGUGAUGCACGAAGACGCCUGUCCCCGAUAUAUCAUCAACUUGAUGCACACCGUAACAUCGAAUAAAGCUGAUGAAAUUCAAAGCGCCUUCAUCCAGAAAAUCUUAGCGUACGGUGGGGGUGUUUAA